CAGCAAUGGUUUCUUCAGUGUGACCAAAGUUACUGCGAGCAACAUUACAGAUGGUGGUGCAUUUGUGAGAUGUGAUACAUUGAUACUUAAAUAUUACUGGGAAAACAAAAGAAGGAAACAUGAAGAUAAAAGUGGGAAUAAGCCGAUACAUUGUGACGCAGUCCAAAAAAGAAACAUUUGAAGAUGACUACGUCACAAAAACGAUGGGGGCAUUCGGCAACUACCAAAGCCUGGUGUGCUCAAUAAGCGUGAUUGCUCGAAUGAUAUCUUCCUGCAACAUUAUGAGCAUAGUUUUUCUGACAUCUAAAACAGAAUUUGUCUGUACGAUGUUCAAAGAUGGUUUCCGCAGGCUAGUGCAAAACUCCACGUGCUACGACGACUGCGUUGUAUACAAAUACAACAGUUUAGUGUUUGAUGAAACAUUGAUUUCUACGUUUGGGUUAAUUUGUGACAGAGCAUGGCUCACCAGCUUUACACAGACCAUUACGAUGUUUGGAUUAGCACUUGGAGUUGCUAUACUUGGGUGGUGCUCUGACAGAUUCGGUCGUCGAAUAGCGUUCGUGCUCUCCGCUUCGAUUUGCGUACUCUUUAUGAUCGCCGCACCGUUCGUUUCUAACUACUCGCUCUACAACGCCUUCCGGUUCUUCGCUGGUUUCGGUUCAGGAGGCAUUAUGGCUAUUAACGUGGUCUACAACAUAGAAAUAGUCGGUUCUAAAUACCGGGAGACCGCAGGCGCUACUGGGUUGAUAGCAGACGGACUUGCUAUAAUGUUCUUAGCUGUAGUAGCCCACUACACAUCUAAGUGGCAGACAUAUCUCUUGAUACUCGGACUAGUUUCAGGCAUGAUACUAAUUCUUAUGCUCUUCAUACCAGAAACUCCAAGAUGGUUGAUUGCACAAAGGAAGAAAGAGCAAGCGAUACAAUUGUUGACCAAAAUUGCGACAUUCAAUAGACUGGAAACCUCCCACAUUAGCGAGACUGUGAGCAAGGUUAUAGAAGAAUUAGAAACUGUGGAAGUCAAAAAACAGACAUAUCUGGAUCUGUUUAAUAACAGAAAAAUCACUAAAGUGACUAUAGUUUAUGCAGUCAUUUGGACUUUGGGAGGAAUAUGCUAUUUUGGUAUUACUCAUUAUUCUACGUUGCUUGGACUAAACAUAUUUGUUAUGGUUCCUCUGAUGGGAUUUCUUCAGAUAAUAGGAAACAUUAUCGCGAUUCCUGUAAACAAGUACUUAGGGAGGAAAAUAUCUGUCAUCUGCAAUCUCCUCCUGGUUGCCGCUAUGAUGACCAUCCUUAUUUUCAUACCUGAUGGUCACUGGGGCUGUGCUGUGACCUCUGGCAUCGCUACCAUCUUCUCCAUCUGCGCCUUUUGCGUGUUCUACCUUCAUGUCAACGAGUUGUAUCCGACUCCUUUAAGGAAUAUGGGCGUUGGUGUCUGCUGUUUUGGCUCCAAAGUUGGGGCGAUGGUGGCUCCUUUUAUCGCGAAUAUGCAACCCCAUUGGAUGUCUUCGACUAUUUUUGCUGUGUUACCCUUCCUUGGAGCUGUUUUGGCAUUUCUUUUACCUGAGACGAAGGGGAAAAAGAUGGAAGACACAAUAUGAUGGUUCAUGUGUAAUAUUUAUGUAUUAUAACGUGCCGAAUUGCAGCCAACGUUUCGAAAUCGAAUCCUGCAAGUUAGUGUGGUUGAGCAUUGUUAACUGCAGAGACUUUGUAUAAUGUAUGUUUUGUAUUAAAUAUUAGUUCUAACAUGUUAAAAUUCGUUCUAAAAACGGUAAAAAAAAACUAUAUUAUUUUUAUGUCCUCGGUGAAGUAAGAUGUAAACAAAAUACAGAAACCAACUUUGAAAAGUGAGUCGUCACAAAGGUGUGUAUUGCGUAUCCAUGUAUGUUGCCAGUUUGUUAUAGUAAUU